CCAGACCCUGCAUUCACUAUAUCCAGUCUCCCACAGUACACACAACAUGGAAAUGCAAUUAUUUUAGUAAAUAUAAAACUGCUAAAUACCUUUUCUCAUCAGCAGUUAGAGCAGUCUUGUGACGUCUAUCAGUGUCCAGUAGAGCACUGGUAAAAGUUGUAGGAGGAGUUUUCAUUCUCCUCUGACUGUCCUGUGAGGCUGCAUGACCCCUGUCCGCUGAUUGGACCUAUGCUGAUCACAUGCACCCUCCCAAAGAAAACAAGAAAACAUAAAACAAAAACCAGGAAUACCCAAUAAACUGAGCAUGUGUAGAGUGACUCCUAGAGCUCUGUACUAUCAGGAGAU